CAUUCGUAAUCGUGGACUGGAGAGCGCUCUAGAUUUUAUUGCACGUGCCGUGGCGCGCCAAAAACCCGCCACCGCCCCUCUGCCCUCCCGGAACACAUCACAACCUAAUUAAACUCCCUCUCUCUCUCUCUCUGCAAUCCAAGAGGACUUGACUUUGUAGUCCCUCUCCCAUGGCGGUUCUGAAUCGCGUUCUGAAAUUACGACGACCGGGAAGCUACUUCUCACUCCGGAGCUUCCACUCCUCGCCUUUUCUAAAUUCCGAAACUGACAUCAAAGCGUCUGUCUCCGUCAUCCCAAAGCCUCUUCCCCUGCAUCGCGACGUCAAGGACAGGAAUGUCCAGUGGGUCUUCCUCGGCUGCCCCGGCGUCGGCAAAGGCACCUACGCCUCCCGCCUCUGCCACCUCCUCGGCGUCCCCCACAUCGCCACCGGCGAUCUCGUCCGCGACGAGUUGUCGUCCUCCGGCCCCUUCGCUCUUCAGCUUGCGGAGGUUGUGAAUCAGGGGAAAUUGGUUUCGGAUGAGAUUAUAAUAAACUUGUUGUCCAAGCGUCUUGAGGCUAUUGCAGCUAAGGGUGAAACUGGCUUCAUCCUUGACGGCUUCCCUCGGACGAUUCGACAGGCGGAAAUUUUAGAGGGAGUAACAGACAUUGACUUGGUGAUCAACCUAAAGCUUCGUGAAGAGGCUUUGCUUGCAAAGUGCCUUGGAAGAAGGAUUUGUAGUGAUUGUGGAGGAAAUUAUAAUGUUGCCUCCGUUGACAUUAAGGCUGAGGACGGGAACCCUGGCAUGUACAUGGCUCCACUUCUUCCCCCUCCAAAUUGUGCAUCUAAGCUUAUCACGCGAUCCGAUGACACUGAAGAAGUUGUUAAGGAGCGCCUCCGUAUUUACAAUGAUAUGAGUCAACCCGUGGAGGAGUUCUACCGAAGUCGAGGAAAAUUGUUAGAGUUUGAUCUUCCUGGAGGGAUUCCUGAAUCCUGGCCAAAGCUACUUCAAGCUUUGAAUCUGGAAGACCAUGAAGACAAUCGGUCUGCGGCAGCAUGAUUCGUAAAUUCUGUACUACAUACACCAGACAAGUUAGUUUUCAUUAGGUAAGCUAUAUCAUUCUUUGCAAAGUCAUCGAAGCAGAUGCAUAUAAUUUGAAAUCGAAGGGGAAAAACUUCUGUGUGAUAAAAAGCACGUAUGGUAUUAUCCGUUUGCCAAGUUAGGCAUCUGUAGUAUUCAGUCGUGUUGUAUGUGUGGCAGAUGCUUAGAUCGUAGUCGUGGGAAGUAAAUUUUUCAUUGCACCACAAGUUUGCCGUGUUUUAAUGAAAUUGUAUCGAUUAACGAAUUGUAAA